UUCGCUGGAAGUAUUAUGGGUAGUUUAUCGAGUUACCUUAGUUACUGCGAUUGCUGAUUUCUUAACUGGUAUAAAUUGCAGAAUUAACAGUGGUACUUUUGCAAAAGUUCUCAUCAUGGUAAAACAAGCAAUUCAGAUAUUUGCUCGGGUGAAACCCACAAAGAAGGCGACAGGGAUUUAUUCUAUUGAUGAUGAAAAUAUGCCAAGUUUGGAUAUUAUCGUGCCACAUGAUUUGGCUGAUGGAUUUGUGAAUAAUAAAAGAGAGAGCUAUAAGUUCAAAUUUCGACAGAUAUUUGAUCAAGGGGUUAAACAGGAAGACGUUUUUGAAACCGUCGCCAGACCUGUUGUGGACAGUGCUCUUGCUGGUUACAAUGGUACCAUCUUUGCUUAUGGGCAGACAGGCAGUGGAAAGACCUUCACCAUCACUGGUGGAGCUGAGCGGUACAGUGACAGAGGAAUUAUCCCCAGAACUCUUUCUUACCUUUUUCAACAGUACCAGAAGGACAGCAACAAUGUCUACACAACCCAUAUUUCAUACCUGGAAAUCUAUAAUGAGUGUGGUUUUGAUCUUUUGGACCCAAGACACGAAGCUUCCAAACUUGAAGACUUGCCCAAAGUGUCAAUCAUGGAAGAUCCUGACCAAAGUAUUCACCUUAAGCACCUGAGUCUUCAGCAGGCAACCAAUGAAGAGGAGGCCCUGAACUUACUUUUCCUGGGGGACACAAAUCGAAUGAUUGCAGAGACUCCAAUGAAUCAGGCUUCAACUCGCUCCCACUGUAUUUUCACUAUUCACCUCUCCAGCAGAGAACCAGGGUCUGCAACUAUUCGACGCUCUAAACUACAUCUUGUUGACCUAGCAGGCUCAGAGCGUGUGUCAAAGACUGGAGUGGGUGGGCAGUUGUUAACAGAAGCUAAAUAUAUCAACUUGUCCUUACAUUACCUAGAACAGGUAAUUAUAGCCCUUGGGGAGAAAAAUCGAUCUCACAUACCCUACAGAAACUCAAUGAUGACUUCAGUGUUGAGAGACAGCUUAGGAGGCAACUGUAUGACAACCAUGAUUGCAACACUCUCUGUAGAGAAGAGAAACAUUGAUGAAUCUAUUUCAACAUGUAGGUUUGCACAGAGAGUUGCCCUGAUCAAGAAUGAGGCAGUACUCAAUGAAGAAAUAGACCCACAACUGAUGAUCGUACGUUUAAAAAAGGAAAUUCAAGCUCUAAAGGAUGAGCUGGCUAUGGUUACUGGAGAGCAAAGAACAGAAGAACUCGUUGAGGAUGAGCUUUUAAAGUUACAAGACUUGAUUAAACGUUUUCUGGAAGAUUCUGACCCUGAAGCUACCCUUGAGGUUGGUGCAGACAUGCGCAAGAUCCAACAUUGCUUUACGUAUUUAAAGCAAUUAGCAAAUGAAAGAAGAGUUUUUGAAAACACACCAUCUUUGACUGAAAGCUGUUUAGGAAACUCAAAUAAUACAGAAAGCAGCAGUGAAGAUGUUAAGAAAAUUCGGGAUCUUCUACAUCAGAGAGAUAAUGAAAUCAACAUAUUAGUGAACAUGCUGAAAAAAGAAAAGAAAAGAGCACAAGAUGCUAUCAAUCAGUUGCAGGCUUGUUUUUUAACACACUCCCUCACAGAAACCUCCACGUCUUCCACAGAAUCCAGCUUGAAACAAAAAUCAUUCAUUGCACUGCAUGGACAAGACAACCGGGAUAGUCAAGGUACUGCUCUUAUUCGCAAGAAAUUAGAAGUCAGAGAAGGGUCACUGUCACUUGGGCGACAGGAAGCUUUUGAAAUCUUCAAGCGAGACUAUGAAGAUAAAGUAACUAUUGAAGAUAACAAGCAACUUCUGAAAGAAAGGUUUUCUGAAGCAAAAUUUCUUGGAGAGCAAGUGAAUGAGGCCAGAAACAGAAUAAACCACUUGAAGGGACAGAUAGAACAACGAAGAAUGCAGCGAGCUGCUAGUGGUGUAACCAGUGAUUCCAUUGAUUUCAGUCAGCCUGACCCAGUUGAAGAUGAACUCCGAGCACAAAUUGAAGUAGAAAAAAAGAGCUAUAAAAUUACUUUUAAUCGUUUGAAAGGGCUAAAGACAGAGAUUGAACACUUACAGUUUCUACUGGAAAAGGCCAAGGUGAAGUUGCAGAAGGACUUUGAAGUCUGGUGGUCUGAAGAGGCAUCAAGGCUACAGGUUCCUGUAAGAGCAGACGGAAAGCAUGAGAAGGCUCACAUAUCUGUUUCAAAAAGUUCCAGGACAACCAAUUCCUUGUCUCCUACCCAGUCACAGUUAAAUCUUGCCAGUAAUAGGUCUUCAGCUGCAGAAGAUAUCAGUUCUAUUGCAGCAAUCGGUUCUAGAAGUUACACAAGCUCAGUGUCAGAUACAAGACCCCCUGUGAGUCCAGAAGGCUCUAUUCCACUAACAGGAGAUAGCCAGACAGAUGCAGAUAUUCUGGCUUUUGUUAAAGCUAGGCAGAACCUCAUGCAGAGAAAAGGUCUCGAAAAGAAGUAACCUUUUCUAUAGGUGAAUGUGGUAUACAACAUGAACAUUUUGCACUAAUACUGAAUGAUCUUGUAUUUCUUCACAAUCAGGGGAAACAAUUGUGAAGAAAAGGCACUGGCUACUGAAAUGAUGGCAAAGCAUCAAAUUCCAAACACCUGCAAACAUCUUUUGAUUUAAUGGAUGUUAUUGUUGCAGAAUACAUUGUCUUUGUAUGAUUUGUUAUCUCUGGCACUGUUUGAAAUGGAUGAUGGAAGAUGAUUACACUUGUUUUCCACUGUACAGAUACACAAUACUUUUAUCUUUCAAAGGUAUAAUUUUUGGGUGACAUUGUAUGAGCUAUGUUUUACUAUUUAUAAACAUAAUAAAAUAUACACAUCUUCCAUCCCAAAGUCCUUAGCAAAAGUAGAUACAUUUUCUGCAGCAGAGAUAUAACACUAAAAUCAUAGAAACCUUAGAAGAAAUGCAGAAAUCCUUAAGAAUUUGUGUAAGUCAUAGGUUCUUAGGUGUGUACUAGGUUAAUGGCCCUGGAGCCUUUACAAGCCUAGCCCAUAGUAGUGCC